UUUUUUUUCCCUUCAUCGCCCAAACACGAAAAACCCUUCCCACCGUGUGUAUGCUGCCAACCUCGACAACGGCUCGAGUACCACCCCCACCACGAUGAUGAUGGAUUUCCAGAAACACCCUCCCCAACCAAUAUAUCAUUCACAUCCUUCGACGAUCCUAGGCACGUCCCACGAUCCUCGUCUCAUUGCUCCGCCGCCACCUCGUGCCUACGCACCACCGCCUCCAUCAGCACGCGUGUAUUACGAUACGUAUAACCGACGCGAACCCGAGAUGCCUCCAGUGCCGGUAUAUCACUAUCCCAUUACUACUGCCACAUCGAUCCCUGCUUCCUCCGCUCCAUACACCAACGAGAGUGUCCCGGCGUCAUAUCGAACAGAGAGCAACGGGUAUCACGUAUCACAGGCGAACCCCAGUUCGAUGGGGAAGCACACGCAGGACGGAGGGAUAAAAGAGUCUAAUGAUCGUCAUAAUUAUAGUUAUAAUGUUAAUCAGCACAACAACCAUGAUCGUCGUAUGGUGUAUCGUGAAGGUAGGAAAAGCUUUCGAGUUUUCUCAAUUUGUCCGUCUGUUUCUGCUUCUGUCGCUUGAUUGAUUGAUUCCUUAAUUUACUCGGCAUGUUGGGUGAUGACAGAUUUGAGGGGGCUGGUCCUUCGUUGGAUCUAGCUGGUCGCAUUUGCGAUCGCCCGGUGGUCAUUCCGAGACAGCUGAUAGAUGAGAUUUCC